AUAAAAACUGGCUUUGAAGAUAAAAGCGUUGUGCCAACUUCAGAAAAUAUCCAGAAAUGAGUAAGAACAUGUAUCCCAAAGUAGUUGUUGACUCCCCUGAUGUUACUUAUAGCGAGCAUUUUAUCGAAGCAAAAUACAAUUACACGAGCAACACCGUUGUGGAAUCAGAUGACGGGCAUGUUGUAGUUAAGCCGAAAUGUACAAAACUCACCAUUCAGACCGACAGGAAAGUGCCCAAGCUGGGCGUAAUGUUGGUUGGCCUAGGGGGCAACAACGGAGUCACUUUUGCAUCCGCGCUUCUUGCCAACAAGCACAAAAUGACAUGGGAAACUAAGAAAGGAUCCGUCACAUCAAAUUGGCUAGGUUCGAUUACACAAUGCUCUUCCAUUCGCCUGGGGAACUCAGAAAACGAAGACUAUUACGUACCAUUGAGCGACGUUGUACCGUUAGUCGACCCUGAUGACAUUUUGUUAGACGGCUGGGAUAUUUCAUCCGCUGACCUUGCAUCAGCAUUAAAAAGAGCUAAAGUAUUAGAUUAUGAUUUGCAAAGGCAGUUAAAGCCUUAUUUAGAAAAAAUUAAACCUAGGCCUUCAAUAUACAAUUAUUCAUUCAUUGCAUCAAACCAAGAAGAACGUGCUGACAACAUAUUGAAAGGAACUUGUAAACAAAAUUUCGACCAGAUCAGGACUGACAUUAGGGAGAUGAAGAACACUGCUGACAAAGUAAUAGUUUUAUGGACAGCGAGCACAGAAAGAUAUUCUGAAAUAGUUCCAGGAGUACACGACACUGCUAAAAAUGUUUUAAAAGCUAUUGAAAUGAAUGACGACCGUUUAUCACCUUCGACCUUAUUCGCAUUAGCGUCUAUCUUGGAAGAUUGUCCAUUUAUUAAUGGGUCGCCUCAGAAUACUUUUAUACCAGGGGUCGUAGAACUUGCUCAACAACAAGGAGUAUUUAUAGCUGGCGAUGAUUUCAAAUCGGGCCAGACAAAAGUUAAAUCUGCGAUAGUCGAAUUUCUUUUGAAUGCAGGUAUUAAGCCAGUUGCGAUUGCAAGUUACAACCAUUUGGGAAACAAUGAUGGGAAAAAUCUCUCAUCACAAGCACAGUUUAAAUCAAAAGAGAUAUCAAAGAGUAGUGUCAUUGAUGAUAUGAUAAAAGCAAAUAAAUUUAUAUACAGCCCAGGGGAAAAAGUUGAUCAUUUAGUAGAUAUCAAAUACGUCCCUUAUGUCGGCGAUAGCAAAAGAGCUUUAGAUGAAUACACAAGUGAAUUAAUGCUUGGCGGUACAAAUACAUUGGUUUUGCAUAACACAUGCGAAGACUCACUCUUAGCUACGCCAAUAAUCCUCGACCUUGUCAUCCUAGCUGAAUUCGCUACUCGUGUUAAAUUUAGAUCAGAAUCUGGAUCUGUUUACAUACCUUUUGAACCUAUUCUCUCGAUGCUUGGGUAUUUAUGCAAAUCCCCCUUGGUCCCAAAAGGUACACCGGUUAUUAACGCUCUUUCAAAGCAAAAAGCGUGCAUCGACAAUAUACUGAGAGCCUGUAUAGGGCUGCCUCCUGAACACAGCAUGGGCUUAGAAUUCAAACUUCCAAAAUGCUUGUUUUUUACAAAGGAAAAUGGAUAUAAACAGAACUACAUAGAGUUUAUGUAAGAAAGGAAAUGAUAAGCAACUUAAUCGUAUUGGAGAUCAGGCCAUAACAAUUUUUUCAAAUGUUCUCUUGUGGAAAAGAUAUUGUAUAAUACAUUUUUUUUUCUAAAAGCC